AGGGAAAUAUUUGGGGAUGAGGCGGAACAGACACAUAAGAAUCGGCUUUUGUAUUGAUUCUGUAACAGAGGAAUGAGAAGCCGCUACCGCUCCCACCGUAUAACGCACCGUUACGUCACUCCCCCGGGCUGUUACGUGCUACGUCACCGCGUUACGUGCCGUCUGAUCCUAAUCUCGCGAGAUGAGACUGGGAUUUUCUGUAAGAACCGGAGGCUGCCGGGAACUGCGAGCGGCAGACUGGUCCCAUCGCUGUCGCCCCCACAGAGCCAGGAAGGGAGGAGCCCACCCUGCAGGGAGAAUGAAAAGAUCCAAAAAAGGAAGUGACACAGGGAUGGGGGGCAAACAGCAAAUCCCCCUGAGCGAGAGGAUUCUCAAUGUCACUCUGGAGAUUGUCUAUGUGCUGACUGGGGAGGACUACGUUGUGAGUAAGCGCACCAGCGCGGGCAUCCUGCAGAGCUGCGGAGACUGUAUGAUGGGAGGGUUCUGCCAGCGCCACGUGCCCACCGUGUCCCACUCCUCCCGCUCCGCCCUACAGAGGGAAAAUGCCCGCAAGGUCCUGGAACUCAUCUCCAACAUCUUCCACAUGCUGACUGAGGAGGUUGCCAUCCGGCACGAGGAAGCCGGCAGCUACUUCUCCUCAGAGGAGUGGGACUAUUUAAAGGGAAACCAUGUCUUCUACACGGAAGUUAUAAAGGAGAAUCCUCAGCAGCAGCUCCGCUCCCAGGAUGAUGGAAAAGAAGAGGCAAGCAGUAUUAGAUCUUAUAUGGAAGCAAAGGUAAUAUCUAACAAUAAAGCACCCAAGAGAUGCAGCCCCUGCCCGAGGGAAGAAGGAAACCCCAUGGAUAAUUCUGCAGCGCCGAUAUCUAAUUAUCCGACGGCUUCAUGGGAAGGCGAGCGUUCAGAGUCCAGCAUUGAUCCCCUUACGGGCCGGACCCUGGGAACGAUGCAUAUCUGGGGGCACAGCCAGAGCUCUCUCAAUGAUACAUCUAUGGGUAAUAAAGAGACUUGCCCUUCAUGGGAAGGAGGGGGAAGAGCUAAGAGCCCCAUUGGGCCACAUACAGAUCCAAUACAAGGAACGUCUAGUCCUGUCUUGGGAUCCAAACUACGGAACCGCUUUGUCAAAGAGGAGUCGGCUUCAUGGGACAAAGAAGGAUGUUCCAGUUACAGUGCACUGCCAGAACCAGUAUCAGAACCUGGUACCCCUACCCUUCAUAUGAGCUUAUGUGCUGCAUCCAGUGGGAUUAAAGAGGAGUAUUCCCCAUGGGAGGAAGGGGAGAGUGUGGAUUACAGCUGCACUCUAACCCCCGAGGCAGUGCAGACAGCACAUACACCGGCUCCCGGGGGGCCCACUUUCCAUUACAGCCGCUCCAGUGGGAUUAAAGAGGAGACUGCUUCAAGGCAAGCAGGAGAAUCCUCAGAAUUUGGCAUUAACCCACCUAAAGAACUGAUCCGAGUACCGGAUCCACCUACCCCCACCAUCCGCCCCACUAACCAGUCACCGACCAUUUAUAAAUCCCAUGUUAUUAAAGUAGAAUCUGCUUCCUGGGGGGAGAGGCCUUUGGAUUACAAUUCUAGUACUGAUCCAAUAGAGGCAGCCGAUACAUCUGCUCAUAUCACACGGUAUCCGCUUAAUAACAGGCUGUCGGAUAUGGAAUUCAGUGACUGUGCCGCAGAGCUUACACGUGUCCAGCUAAGUGCCCCGGCCGUGGCGGCAAUGUAUAGCUAUGCCGAGCAGCCCUACCCAAGCCACGCCGGACCUGCCCGGCAUAGAAGGACUCCAAAGGGAAAGAAACUGUUCACUUGUUUGGAAUGUGGCAAAUGUUUCACCAGGAACACAACUCUCCUCAGCCAUCAGAGGAGCCACAGGGAAGGGAUGCGGCUCACGUGUGCCGAGUGUGGCCUGUGUUUCCCUCGCUACUCUAGUCUCGUCAGCCACCAGCAAAUCCAUACAGGGGGCAAGGCCUUCGCCUGCUCUGAAUGUGGCCUUUGUUUUGCCCGGUACUCGAGUCUCCUGAACCAUCAGAAGGUCCAUCCCGGAGAGAAGCCCUUUGCCUGCUCGGAAUGUGGGAAAGGCUUUUCCAGGAACUCCAACCUUGUGAGGCACAAGAGAAUGCACACGGGGGAGAAACCCUACUCCUGCCCCGAGUGUGGCAAAUGUUUCACUAGGAACGCGGCUCUUAUUAAGCACCUCACCGCCCAUGCCCUGGGGAAACUGUUUGCAUGUUCCCAAUGUGGACUGUGUUUUACUAGGAGUGCCACGCUUCUCAGCCACCAGAAGUCCCACGCCGGGGGGCAGCCGUACCCAUGUCCCCAGUGCCAUAAGGUAUUCACUAAUGUUACGGAUCUGGAACGGCACCAGGAGAUCCACUCCGGAGAGAAGAUCUUCUCUUGCUUUGAAUGUGGCCAGCACUUUACCCAUCACUUAGACUUUACUGAACAUCUGCAGAGCCACACAGGGGACGAUGCUUUCUACUAGGUAGGACCCCACAUGUGAAUGACCCCCCCGGCUGCCCUUUGCCUCGUACUGUCCAAUUGCAGGUGGGGAAAUGUAUUCCGUGCUUUUCUGCCAAUAGAGUGAAUAUGCUAGAUCCCUGUAUUGUUCCGGUUGCUUGCCAGUAGUGUUUAAAGCGAUGCUACGUGAGUAUUUACACUUUCCCCAUGUGUCAUUAUGUAUUAAACCUGUAUUUGGCUAAAUCCCCCGGUUCCAUAGUUUUGUGCCCGGCAGCGAGCGGCCCGGCUAGAGCUUCUACUUACGGCAAAUGGAAACCAAAUCUGUUGGGCUGUGUGUGCCGAGUGCAAGUCUGCUGCUUCUGGUUGAUAUGGUGACGGUUACCCGGUGCCCAGUGCACCCAGUUCCGCUUACACACAACCUCACAGCUCUCCCAGUUACAAACCUUUUCCCAAUAUUGACUCGGAACCUCCCUUCUUCUAAACGGAGUGGGUGCCCUCGUGCCCGUUGGAAGGACCUACUGGUAAAUAAAACAUUAGAAAGGUUAUUAUAUGAUCCCUUUAUAUAUUUAUACAUAGUUAUCAUGUCACCUCUUAAGCGUCUCUUCCCCAGUGUAACCAAUCCCAACUGGGCCAGUCUUUCCCCAUAACUGAGACUUCCCAUACCCUUUACCUGCUUAGUUGCCCUUCUCUGGACCCUCUCUAACUCAAUCAUGUCCCGUUUGAGCACUGGAGACCCUGCCAUGACAUUCUCCUCCCCCCAAUCCCUAGGUACCAUACCUGAUGGAGUCUGAGAUUGCUGUUUUACACACUUGUUAUAGUGUUUAUAAUCAUUAAACGCAGCUACUGU